CACUCGCCCAUUCCGUAUUCUUUGGGUGCUGUUCGCAAACCUCUUCCGCCACCACCCACGAUGAGGUUGCCCGGGCGAUAAUUCUCGUCGGCCUGCAUCCUCUUGAUGACACUACCGUGGAUCCUGGCAUCGGCAGGCAUGUCUCGGGUCUCGCCACGUGGCAGAGGCCAUCGGAUUGGCUGCCAGCUACCAUCUGGCUGCAGAUCCAUGCGGCGAAAGGGGAGCCACUCCAUCAAGCGCCAAGACAGGGUGGCCAUGUGCGUGAGGCCACCGUUGAAUGCAAGCGAGUCAUGAAUCGGGGCAAUGUGGUGUUCGCCGUGACCGACGGCCGUUUCGGUGUCGGUCAGCGUGAUGCUGGACUGCGGGAUGCUAUUGACCCGGAUGUUGGGUACACGCUGCGGUGGUUUCUGGCAGUUGGAGCCAGCGCAACCCAUCGACACAACCUUGUCCAUGUCAAAGGAGAGGCCCGCGCGCAUCGCCUCGCGCACCAUCCAGGCCAGCGGGACGUGGCUAGCGUUGCCCUCGCCAGGCCGCACGCUCCAACCGCCGCCGACAUCGCCGUGCCCGCCUGAAAACCACACCUCGUCGAUGUCCUGGUCCGUUUCGUCUUCGGAAUCGAAUCCAUCCUCGAUGUCGGAUGCAUCGGGAAUAUUGGCAAAAUCAUGGUGCCGCAUGGAGGGCGCCAGUGACCGCGAGCGACUCCGGCUCCGGAUGCGGUAUCGUUCUGGCUGCUCUAGAGAAAGACCAGACGACAAGGGACGCUCCGAUUCAUUCUUGUCUUGUUCAUCCAGGUUCUGCGAAAUAGGGCGACCACGUGGCGGGUCGGCCUCGCCAUCCAGGCUGGUCUUGGGGUCUGGGACAUUUCGAAGCUUAUUGUGGUGACAACGGUACUUGUCUCGCAUGUGGUGCAGUUUCUGUUCUAGUCGGCCCUCCUUCUUGUCGCCAUCGUCCUCACUCCUACUUUGGUAAAUCAAGUCCUGGCGGAACUUGGCCCUCCUUUCGUCGAUACUGACUGCGUGUCGAAUCACCUUCGCCGAGGUGCGAGCCGUGUACGGAAACUUGGAGCCGUGACGCUCCAUCCAAGCCGUCUCGAAGCGUGGGACGCUGUUGACCGUGUCAAACAGACCGAGGAAGCGGAUGCGGCGCACGGGUCGGGAGAAGGUUUCGCGGAAUCCCUUGAGGAAGCUGUAAAGCUCGUCCACCUUGGCGCGGUCCUUGUCCAUGGCUUUCCGGAUAUUGCUCAUGUUCUUUCUCAGUUUUGCCUUUUUCUUCUCGUCCGGCUCGGCAUCUAUUUGAGCCUGUUGCUCCGUAUAAGGCUCUGCAUCAUCACGUUCGGCCUCUCCACCCGCGCCCCGACGGCACUGCCACUGGGCAAAGGCUCGCCAAGCAAACGCCACCAUCUCCUCAUUUCCGUGUGAAAGCAGGCCGACAUAAUCGAGCAUCUCGGCAAGGAACCGGGCGAUGUAGGCACCACGUGAGAAACCAAAGAUGUAGAUCUCAUCACCGGGCGAGUAGAAGCGCAUCAGAAAGCGGUAUCCUCCAACGACGUGCUGGUCAAACGAUGACCCGAUGGCGCUGUCUUUUGCCUUUUGCAUGUUGGCCUUGAAGCGUGCCCUAAUUGAGCCAUGCGACAGGUUGUUGGAGACCACAUAAGUCCCAAUACCGGCUGUUUUGGUCAGCUUAGCAAUACAGUCGCAGGGAGCUUUUGGGCUUACGCUGGUAGUAAUGGUCUGUCGACUGUUAGUGUAUGCAUCUGUUUUUGUCAGGUUUUGUUGGCCAUCCACUUACAUUGGUCUCUAGCUGUGCGGUCGAGCAUCCUGAAUAUUUUGAGGAUGUUGCUGUCGCUUUCGUCACCUCGAAACUUGUUCCCGGUGCCAUCGAAGCACAGCACCAGCUUGUGCGGUCGUGGACAUGAUGUGCGGGGAUUCUGGGCUUGAUGCGAAUGCUCAGAAAACCUGGCCUCUGACGAGGUGUCUUUGGCGUUUUGCUCCUUUUCAGACGAACCUGCAGCCUUGCUACCGACCUCGGCAGCAAAGCUGGGUGCCAGAUGCAUAGUAUCCAUUGCGAUGUCGUCUUUGACGUUCCCAGUGCUCAAAGCCCAUGGUUCGCUGACAUUGCUCUGCUUCUGCAAUAUGGCGGCGGUCGUCUUUGUUCUAUGUCCACCCAAGAACCCCAAGGGCCCCGGCGCUCUCCCAAAUCCCAAUCUGGCUAGGAAUAUGUACGGUGCACAAAAAGUCAAUAUAUCCCCUGUCUCAGCCGCGAGGCCCAUGGCACGGCCCAACUACGGUGCAAACUGAAUCACAACGCCAUCCAUACUGGUGCAAGCCACAUCGGUAAUUGUCUCUGAUUCGCCGAUUCUCUCUACGCUAAAUUAUGCUUCUGCCACCAUGGCUUAAUGUUGUUGUACACAUCUUCGGAGUUCAGUCCAGCUCCAAUCAAAAGUGCUGCAGCACUAGCGGGUCAAAGGUCGCGUUUCCAUAUGCGUCCCCUCCGAAGGUCAGAUAGCCAUUGACGUAUGGGCUGGUGGGAAACUUUUGGAGGAUCUCAGCUGCCGUGCCCAGAACCCACACUGUCUGCAUCCCCAUCAUCAUAUGCUGCAGGACAUGGCAAUGCAUAACCCAGGCACCGAUGUCAUCCUCGGUCACCCGUACGCGCCACGCUCGCCACCCGGCUGUAUGAUUUUUCUCACCCUUGGCCGCGUAGCGGUAAAGCAUGGUGGUAUCUCUGACGGCGGGCACAUAGUUGCCGUCGGCGUAAUAUUUGGCGUCGACGGCCGGGGCAUCAUAGGUACCGUUGCCGGAUCCAAGGUCCCAAAAGUGGGUCCCGUGAGCGUGCAUGGGAUGGACGUCCCAUCCUCCUAGCUCCCCCGAGUUUCCCUGCCAGACAAUGUCGAGGGUUUCUCCCACGGCCGCUGGGAAUGUCUGUGUAGUCGGAUCCCAAUUUUGAUUGGCGAGUGCGGCUUCUAUCGACGGAGACAUGCCGGUUGUGAGGAUGCCGACCAGUACGGGAGGUCUGUUCUUUGCGGCUUGACUAUCUUCUUGCCAGACCAGGGAGUUUUGACUAGAUGUCCGUAAGAGGUUAGUAUGCAGGGGUUCGGCCGAGAGGAGAAUGAGAAGGAGAAGAAGAAUAAGAAGAAGAAAAACAAGAAGCGGUGAGUGUCUACUUACGCCCACUCUAUGGAACCCUUGACGGUCCCGUUGACCACACCUCCGUCGACCACCACUUGCUUAACGUCGAUAUAUAUGGUCCGUGUCACCUCGGACAGCUUUGGGAAUUGCUCACGCACACUGUCCUGCAAGGGCUGCAGGGUAAACUCCAUCCAAGUGCUGGGGUCGUCGGGAAUUGUAGCAACGGGCUUGGAGGGCAGGGUUGCGGGCAGCAUUGCUUCUGGCUGACCCGGCAUCUCGUACUGCAGCAGUGCCCAGCCGGUCACGUUGGUUGGCCGCCCCCUCGUCUCAUACUGGAUCCAAUAACUUGUCUUGUUGGUACUGGCCACCUCCUGCACCGAUUUGGUUCUCAAAAGAAUGCUGUACCGCUGGCCCGACCCGACCUGCAUCCUGUCCGUCUUGACCGGUUUGGUGUAGGAUCCGUCCGCCUCGAUGAUGGUCAUGUCGUGGCCCUCAAACGCCAUGACGACCAGAGACAUGGCCGUACCGCCGAUGAAGCGCACGCGGUAGGUCUUGUCGGGCUGGACUUUGAUCAAGUCUGGCUUGCAAGAGUCGUGGGAUGCCUCGGUGAAGGACUUGUUACCCGAGCGCCCGGCAAAAAGGAUGGCCUCGGGCUCGCCGGACCACCUGAAGGGCUUCGCCAGCAGACCAUCGAGAAUCUGCCGGUCCGUCUUUGGGUAGUACUCGCCCAGGCCAACAACAACGUCCUCGUCAUACUCGUACGGGGGCUUGACAGCAUCCUCCACAAUCAAGGCGCCAUGGGCCGUGACGGCCUGAAACUCGACGUGGCUGUGGUAAAAGUAAGUACCCGCGCUGCCAAUGUCGGGUCGGAUCUCAUAGUCGAAAAAGUUGUCUGGCGCGACGGGCCACUGGCUGACCAACGGGGUGCCGUCGGAGAAGGGAGCGGUGCGCUGGGACAGCCCGUGCCAGUGUACCGUGACGUUUUGAUCCUUGAUCCGGUUGUAUACGCGCACCCAUGUCGUCUGGUUCUCGUGGAAUGUCAGUAGCGGACCCGGGGAGGUGCCAUUAAAGACGAUGGAAUACCGCGUCUGGCAGUUGAUGGUGAUGUUUUGCGCCGUCGCCACCAGCACGUAAUCGGGCUUGAAGGUUUUGUCGUGAACCCUGAACUCGGCCGCCAAGCAGCUGCCGAGAAGCAGCAGCAGCCAGUUUUAGCCCUGCUAAUCUAAUUAAGCUGACGACAACAAACAUCCUUUGUUGUCGUGUUCCCGAUCUUCACGAUCCCCGCACACCGGGGUUGCCAUCUAGGUUUUCCGGGAUCACCUUGACAUCUGGACAUUCCAGACAAGCUAAAACCUGUGAUGACCCGGCAAAAAAAUGAAUCGAAUUAUGCAUCUUGGUAAAGUCUAGAAUUCUACAGGGUUACAACAAGCAGAAAUUCCUUCCUGCUCAUCAAACCUAGACCCACAGGUCUUGGUGAUCGUCGCCAAUGAAUAGCAACAACGGCUUAUUUUAGGUUUAAACUGAUUCCAAGCCCCUGCCGAACUCCAAACAUCGGAUGAUUUCUAUAUUGAGCAACGAGAGCGUUCCUCCUCGCUCCAGGUUUGAUGUGAAAGAAAAAAAAAGUCGACAAGGUGCACUGAAUGCUAAUUCGGCCGGCAGAUGGUCCGUAAUUACCAUGACCUAAAACCGCCCAAAAUCACCCUGAAAAUCAUUGUCUGGGGUUUGCAGGUCGACCCCGGGCGCUAGAACGUAAUUCCCGUACUGUUUUUCUUGGCGGGGAGUGCGAAGUGCUUUCUUCAUUUGUUUCGCACGGCCGGACCUGCGGUCUGUCAGCCCUCGAAACCCAGAUAGGGAUCCCGGGCUGGUGGCUUAAACUCAACAACAAAAGAAAACAUGCUCGGAGCUAAUCUGCGUCAAGACAUAUCGGCCCGUCCUGGCUGGCGUCUACCAGUUAAAGAAGCUGAACCAGAACAUGCAUGCCCGUGGCGUCUUUGCUCACAGCCUCGGACAAGAUCAGAAUAAAUAAUUUGCCUUGCACAAGUCGAUUGGCUGGAGCAACGUCCAAGUGAAGACAUGGCUUGACAUGGAAGACACACAAGAUACCGUAUUGAUCGACGGGCGCCUCUGCAUUAACUCGCAACCAUGGCUGGGCGUCCGCCGACGGGGUCUUGGUGAUGGAUGGGGCUGUCCGGCUCGACUGGACUGGGCUGGACUUGACUGGACAUGAAAUACACGAUGGCGUUCCCAUUGCGAGUCGAGUCCAGGUAAUGGUUUCCUUUCCCUUGUUCAAGGACCAACACAUCAUCAUGUCUUCCAAGGAGUCACCGAGCCGCAAGAGCUCAACCAUUGGGCAGUCUACCAGGAAUGGCAGCUGCCAGGCUGACACGCAAAAGGGUCAACUCCCCCCCGUGGGGGAGAAGCCGAAACCUGUCAAGGAGAACCCCAUGAAGAAGCUCAAGGAGAUGUCCCAGCGUCCACUCCCCACGCAGCACGGCGACGGAACAUAUCCCACCGAGAAGAAAUUGACUGGUAUCGGGGAGGACCUCAAGCAUAUUCGUGGUUACGAUGUCAAGACUCUCCUCGCCAUGGUCAAGUCCAAGCUCAAGGGAGAGAAGCUAAAGGACGACAAGACCAUGUUGAUGGAGCGGGUGAUGCAGCUCGUCGCUAGACUCCCUACCGAGUCCAAGAAGCGUGCCGAGCUCACCGACUCGCUGAUCAAUGAGCUAUGGGAGUCUCUCGACCACCCUCCGCUCAACUAUCUCGGCCCCGAGCACUCGUACCGCACGCCUGAUGGAAGCUACAACCAUCCCUUCAACCCGCAGCUCGGCGCGGCAGGCUCCCGCUACGCCCGGUCCGUCAUACCCACCGUCACGCCUCCGGGUGCGCUGCCAGACCCUGGGCUGAUCUUUGACUCGAUCAUGGGACGCACGCCAAACUCGUACCGCAAGCAUCCCAACAACGUCUCAUCUAUUCUGUGGUACUGGGCGACCAUCAUCAUCCAUGACAUCUUUUGGACCGAUCCUCGCGACAUCAACACCAACAAGUCGUCGUCGUAUCUCGACCUGGCGCCUCUCUACGGCAACAGCCAGGAGAUGCAGGACUCGAUUCGUACCUUCAAGGAUGGUCGGAUGAAGCCCGACUGCUACGCCGACAAGAGGCUUGCAGGGAUGCCGCCUGGCGUCAGCGUCCUCUUGAUCAUGUUCAACCGCUUCCACAACCACGUGGCCGAGAACCUUGCCCUGAUCAACGAGGGUGGCAGGUUCAACAAGCCCAGUGACCUGCUCGAGGGGGAGGCCAGGGAGGCUGCCUGGAAAAAGUACGACAAUGACCUGUUCCAGGUGGCACGUCUGGUGACCUCGGGUCUGUACAUCAACAUCACCCUGGUGGAUUACGUUCGGAAUAUUGUGAAUCUUAACCGUGUCGACACCACAUGGACCCUGGACCCCCGCCAAGAUGCUGGUGCCCACGUCGGUACCGCUGACGGAGCCGAGCGGGGCACGGGCAACGCCGUCUCGGCCGAGUUCAACCUCUGCUACCGUUGGCACUCGUGCAUCUCGGAGAAGGACAGCAAGUUUGUCGAGGCGCAGUUCCAAAACAUCUUUGGCAAGCCGGCCUCCGAGGUCCGUCCCGACGAGAUGUGGAAGGGCUUUGCCAAGAUGGAACAAAACACCCCCGCGGACCCCGGUCAGCGCACCUUUGGCGGCUUCAAGCGUGGUCCCGACGGCAAGUUUGACGAUGACGAUCUCGUGCGCUGCAUUUCAGAGGCCGUCGAGGACGUCGCCGGCGCUUUCGGUGCCCGUAACGUGCCUCAGGCCAUGAAGGUUGUCGAGACCAUGGGUAUCAUUCAGGGCAGGAAGUGGAACGUCGCCGGUCUGAACGAGUUCCGCAAGCAUUUCCACCUCAAGCCGUACUCCACCUUUGAGGACAUCAACUCGGAUCCUGGUGUCGCCGAGGCCCUCCGUCGUCUUUACGACCACCCGGAUAACGUCGAGCUCUACCCUGGUUUGGUGGCCGAGGAGGACAAGCAGCCCAUGGUCCCUGGUGUCGGAAUCGCACCCACCUACACCAUCAGCCGUGUCGUGCUUUCGGACGCCGUGUGCCUGGUGCGUGGAGACAGGUUCUACACCACCGACUUUACGCCUCGCAACCUGACCAACUGGGGCUACAAGGAGGUCGACUACGAUCUCAGUGUCAACCACGGUUGUGUCUUUUACAAGCUCUUCAUCCGGGCCUUCCCCAACCACUUCAAGCAGAACUCGGUCUACGCCCACUACCCCAUGGUGGUCCCGUCGGAGAACAAGCGCAUCCUGGAAGCCCUGGGCCGUGCAGACCUGUUCGACUUUGAAGCCCCCAAGUACAUCCCGCCGCGCGUCAACAUCACGUCGUACGGUGGUGCCGAGUACAUCCUCGAGACGCAGGAAAAAUACAAGGUCACGUGGCACGAGGGCCUCGGGUUCCUCAUGGGCGAGGGAGGUCUCAAGUUUAUGCUUUCGGGCGACGACCCGCUGCACGCGCAGCAGAGGAAGUGCAUGGCCGCUCAGCUGUACAAGGACGGCUGGACCGAGGCGGUCAAGGCCUUUUACGCCGGCAUGAUGGAGGAGCUGCUCGUCAGCAAGAGCUACUUCUUGGGCAACAACAAGCACCGCCACGUCGACAUCAUCAGGGACGUCGGCAACAUGGUGCAUGUGCACUUUGCCAGCCAGGUCUUUGGCCUUCCCCUCAAGACGGCCAAGAACCCGACCGGUGUCUUCACCGAGCAGGAGAUGUACGGCAUCCUGGCCGCCAUCUUCACCACCAUCUUCUUCGACCUCGACCCGUCCAAGUCGUUUCCCCUGCGCACCAAGACCCGCGAGGUCUGCCAAAAGCUGGCCAAGCUGGUCGAGGCCAACGUCAAGCUCAUCAACAAGAUCCCCUGGUCCAGGGGCAUGUUUGUCGGCAAGCCGGCCAAGGAUGAGCCGCUGUCCAUCUACGGCAAGACCAUGAUCAAGGGAUUGAAGGCUCACGGCCUGAGCGACUACGACAUUGCCUGGAGCCACGUCGUCCCCACCUCGGGCGCCAUGGUCCCCAACCAGGCUCAGGUGUUUGCCCAAGCUGUCGACUACUACCUGUCUCCCGCCGGCAUGCACUACAUUCCCGAGAUCCACAUGGUUGCCCUCCAGCCGUCCACCCCCGAGACUGAUGCGCUCCUGCUAGGCUACGCCAUGGAAGGUAUCCGACUUGCUGGAACCUUUGGUUCGUACAGGGAGGCUGCCGUCGACGACGUGGUGAAGGAGGAUAACGGCCGCCAGGUGCCAGUCAAGGCUGGCGACCGCGUCUUUGUAUCCUUUGUUGAUGCCGCGCGUGACCCCAAACACUUCCCCGACCCAGAGGUGGUCAACCCCCGCCGCCCCGCCAAAAAGUACAUUCACUACGGCGUUGGCCCCCACGCAUGCCUGGGCAGGGAUGCCAGCCAGAUUGCCAUCACCGAGAUGUUCCGGUGCCUGUUCCGCCGCAGGAACGUCAGGAGGGUGCCGGGACCCCAGGGAGAGCUGAAGAAGGUGCCCCGUCCCGGCGGCUUCUAUGUCUACAUGAGGGAGGACUGGGGUGGCUUGUUCCCCUUCCCCGUCACCAUGCGGGUUAUGUGGGAUGACGAGUAGAUGGUAGUCAAAAUUCUGGAGGGAGGCUUUCUAGGAAAGACAGUUAUGACUGUUGGUGGGAUAAGACUGAAUGAACAGAACCUUUAAUAAUAAUCGAGUUUAGUGAAUACCAAUACCAGACCUCAAAGAAAAGAAAAAAAAAACACAUAUCAU